CAAGCAUUCCUUUUUAAGAGUAAGCAGCUUGAGUCCUUCAAGUCUUGAAGGACUCAAUUAAUGGAUCCUGCAGCCCCCUUCAUGUACAAUUUCAUGCAAGUUCCUACUACUCCACCUCCCUGGGCAAAUCAAAUGCAUAAUAGAGUUGAGCAACUACCCCAAUCUAAAACUCAAGAACAAUUGAGGAAAAUUCUCGAGGAUCAUCUCACAGCCUUUUGGUGGUGUGAGAGGUUUGAAGUGGAUCAUUGCCAUCUUCUAGAGUUGAAGCAACAUUCUCUACCACUGGCGAGGAUUAAAAGGAUCAUGAAGUUGGAUGAAGAAGUGAAGAUGGUUAGCUGUGACACUCCAGCAUUGUUUGCCAAAGCAUGCGAGCUUUUCAUUUUGGAGCUUACUGUACGAUCUUUUCUUGAAGCUCAGCACCAAAUGAGGCUGACGAUAAGGAGGUGCGACAUUGCUGGCGCCGUCCAUGGUGCGAAGGUGCUUAGUUUCUUGAAGAAUAUUGUUCCAGCCGAAGCCAUGGCCACGUGGAAGAUGUUCUUCCCUGAAGAGUUGGGCAUGGCUGAAGAACCAGAUGUUGACGACUACAUCAUAAGCGAGCCUCCUCCUCCACCCCCUCUGCAGUGAGGAGAGCUUCAGAAGCAGGGUAUGACUGCACAUUGUGAUGGAAAUGGGAAGAGAAAGUCAUGCCUAGACCUUUCUAAUAAGUUUUCACAAGUCAUAUGUUUGUGUUUUCAUGUAUCGAACAAAGUCUCUUUAUAUGCUUUAGUUAAGUUAUGCUUGUGCUUUAUGUAGUAUUAUGUGCAUUCUAGUUUUGGUUUUCAGAAGUCAUGCUUGUGUUUCAAUAUGUAUCUUGAGGUGUCAGAAGAAUGUUUAAGGUUUGGUAUGAAAUAUAUACGAGAUAAUCAGUUUGCUUC